CGGAGCCCCGGGCCCGCCAUGGGCCGCCCAGAGCGGGGCGCGCUCCGGCCGCUGGCGCUGUUGAUGCUGCUGCUGCUGCUGCUGCAGCUCCAGCAUCUCUCCGCUACGGAUCCGCUGCCCGGCGGCCAAGGGCCAGUCAAGGAGUGCGAAGAGGACCAGUUUCGGUGUCGGAAUGAGCGCUGCAUCCCCUCCGUAUGGAGAUGCGAUGAGGACAACGACUGCUCGGACAACAGCGACGAGGACGACUGCCCCAAGAGGACCUGCGCAGACAGCGACUUUACCUGUGACAAUGGCCACUGCAUCCAGGAGCGGUGGAAGUGUGAUGGCGAGGAGGAGUGUCCUGAUGGAUCUGACGAAUCAAAGGCCACAUGCUCCAGUGAAGAGUGUCCUGCCGAGAAGUUAAGCUGCGGACCCACCAGCCACAAGUGCGUGCCUGCCUCGUGGCGCUGCGAUGGGGAAAAGGAUUGUGAGGGCGGAGCCGAUGAGGCCGGCUGUCCAACCUUGUGCGCCCCGCACGAGUUCCAGUGCAGCAACCGCUCCUGCCUGGCCUCUGUGUUCGUGUGCGAUGGCGACGAUGACUGCGGCGACGGCAGCGACGAGCGCGGCUGCUCGGACCCGGCCUGCCCGCCCCGCGAGUUCCGCUGUGGAGGAGGCGGCUCCUGCAUCCCCGAGCGCUGGGUCUGCGACCGCCAGUUCGACUGCGAGGACCGCUCGGACGAGGCGGCCGAGCUCUGCGGGCGAGCGGGCCAGGGGACCUCCGUCACGCCAGCAGCCUGCGCCCCGACCGCCCAGUUCACCUGCCGCAGCGGCGAGUGCAUACACCUGGGCUGGCGCUGCGAUGGCGACCGUGACUGCAAGGACAAGUCUGACGAGGCUGACUGCUCGCCAGGACCCUGCGGUGAGAAUGAGUUCCAGUGUGGCGAUGGGACUUGUGUCCUUGUAGUCAAACGCUGCAACCAGGAAAACGACUGCCUGGAUGGAAGUGAUGAAACUGGCUGCCUGCAGGAGUCAACUUGUGAGGGUCCCCGCAGAUUUCAGUGUAAGAGUGGCGAAUGCGUGGACGGCGGGAAAGUGUGUGAUGAUCAGAGGGACUGCCAGGACUGGUCGGAUGAGCCUCAGAAAGAGUGUGGCCUGAACGAGUGUCUGCACAAUAAUGGUGGCUGUUCCCACAUCUGCACUGACCUCAAGAUUGGCUUUGAGUGCACAUGCCCAGCAGGCUUCCAGCUCUUGGACCAGAAGACCUGUGGUGACAUUGAUGAAUGCCAGGACCCAGAUGCCUGCAGCCAAAUCUGUGUGAAUUACAAGGGCUACUUUAAGUGUGAAUGCCACCCUGGCUAUGAGAUGGACACACUGACCAAGAACUGCAAAGCCGUAGCUGGGAAGAGCCCCUCCCUGAUCUUCACCAACCGACACGAGGUGCGAAGAAUAGACCUGGUGAAGCGAGACUACUCGCGCCUCAUCCCUAUGCUGAGGAAUGUGGUGGCACUGGACGUGGAAGUAGCUACCAACCGAAUAUACUGGUGCGACCUUUCCUACCGCAAGAUCUACAGCGCCCACAUGGACAAGGCCAGUGUCCCCGACGAGCAGGUGGCCCUCAUUGAUGAACAGCUGCAUUCUCCAGAGGGCCUGGCGGUCGACUGGGUCCAUAAGCACAUCUACUGGACAGACUCAGGCAAUAAGACCAUCUCAGUAGCCACGACCGAUGGCAGCCGCCGCUGUACUCUGUUCAGCCGUGAGCUCAGCGAGCCCAGAGCCAUUGCUGUGGACCCCCUGCGAGGGUUCAUGUACUGGUCUGACUGGGGGUUCCAGGCAAAGAUUGAGAAAUCUGGGCUCAACGGUGCAGACCGGCAAACACUGGUUUCAGACGCUAUUGAAUGGCCCAAUGGAAUCACCUUGGACCUGCUGAGCCAGCGUUUGUACUGGGUGGACUCCAAGCUGCACCAGCUGUCCAGUAUCGACUUCAAUGGAGGCAACAGAAAGAUGCUGAUUUUCUCGGCUGACUUCCUGAGUCACCCUUUUGGGGUAGCUGUAUUUGAGGACAAGGUAUUCUGGACAGACCUGGAGAACGAGGCCAUUUUCAGUGCCAAUCGGCUCAACGGCCUGGAAAUCUCCAUCCUGGCUGAAAACCUGAACAACCCGCAUGACAUUGUCGUCUUCCACGAGCUGAAGCAGCCGAGAGCUGCUGACGCCUGUGAACUGAGUGCCCAGCCCAACGGCGGCUGUGAAUACCUGUGCCUUCCUGCUCCUCAGAUCUCCAGCCACUCUCCCAAGUACACGUGUGCCUGUCCUGACACGAUGUGGCUGGGUCCAGACAUGAAGAGGUGCUACCGAGCACCUCAGUCUACCUCAACUACAACGUUAGCCUCCGCUAUGACAAGAACCGUACCUGCUACCACAAGAACCCCCGGGACAGCCAUCCACAGCCCGACCUAUCGGAACCACAGCACAGAGACACCAAGCCAGACAACUGCCGUCCCAAACUCAGUUAGUGUCCCCAGGGCUCCCAGCAUCAACCCAUCUACCCUGAGCCCUGCCACCAGCAACCACUCACAGCACUAUGGCAACGAAGGCAGCCAGAUGGGCUCAACAGUCACUGCUGCGGUCAUCGGGGUCAUCGUGCCCAUAGUGGUAAUAGCCCUGCUGUGUAUGAGUGGGUACCUGAUCUGGAGAAACUGGAAGCGGAAGAACACCAAGAGCAUGAAUUUCGACAACCCAGUGUACAGGAAGACAACGGAAGAAGAAGAUGAAGACGAGCUUCACAUAGGGAGGACUGCUCAGAUCGGCCAUGUCUACCCCGCAGCAAUCAGCAGCUUUGAUCGCCCACUGUGGGCAGAGCCCUGUCUUGGGGAGACCAGAGACUUGGAAGACCCAGCCCCUGCCCUCAAGGAGCUUUUUGUCUUGCCGGGGGAACCAAGGUCACAGCCGCACCACCUCCCGAAGAACCCUCUUUCCGAGCUGCCUGUCGUCAAGUGCAAGCGAGUGGCAUUAAGUCUUGAAGAUGAUGGACUGCCCUGAGGAUGGGACCACCCACUUCGUGCCUCACGGAGAUCAGUCCUAUGCACUACUCACUCUGGAUAGUGUGUGGCUGGAUGAAUGCCAUUUCUAUAUAUGGGUCUGUGUGAGUGUGUGAGUGAGUGAGUGUGUG